AGGACCGGUGGUAAACAAACAGUAAACACGAAGAAUUCAAAUAAAUAAAAAGAGAAACACUUUCACAAAAUGCCUCCAGAUUUCAUAGAUAUAAGCCCCGAACACAAUGGAGGAAUUUUGAAGAAAAUCAUAAAAGAAGGUGUAGGGGAUGAAAAACCUCCAAUAGGGUGCGAAGUCGAAGUAAGCAUCAAAAAUGUUUCAACAGGCUCCUCUGAUACGGAUGGGGAAAUCACCAAGUUCAAAUUAGGAAAAGGUAAAAUAGUACGAGGAUGUGAGAUUGGAAUCUCAAGUAUGAGAAAGGGCGAGAAAGCUACAUUAAUCUGCGCACCACAGUAUGCAAACAUUUUCCCUUCUAUAUCGGAAACUUCAACAUUAGAAUUCCAUAUAGAACUUAUCAAUUGGGAGUAUGAAGAUUUAAGUCCCAAAAAAGAUGGGGGUAUUCGCAGGAUUAUAUUAAUGCCCGGAGAAGGAACUGAAACACCUAAUGAAGGAGCUAAAGCUGAAAUCCAUAUAAUCGGAAAAUUCCAGGAUAAGGUAUUUGAUCAAAGAGAAAACAUUUCUUUCUGUGUCGGAGAGGGAUUGGAAUAUGACAUAGUUCAAGGCAUUGAUAUUGCCUUAGCAAAAUUCAAGAAAGGGGAAAAAUCAAGGCUUUUACUCAAAUCUCAUUAUGCAUUUAAAGAAGUAGGAUUUGAGAAAUUUGGAAUUCCACCAAAUGCUGAUGUAGAAUAUGAAGUGACAUUAUUGUCUUUCACAAGAGUUAAAGAUAUAUGGUUGAUGAGUGAUGAUGAGAAAGUCAAAGAAGCUAGUCAAUUGAAAGAAAGAGGCAAUAUUUACUUCCAACAGGGGAAAUUGCAGUUAGCUUCUUCAAUAUACCGAAGGGUGAUACAGAUGUUGAAAUUAUUUGAAGACGGAAGGCAUAUUAGGGAAGGAGAUCCUGAGUGCGAAUCUACAUUUUUUAGUGCCCAUAUGAACCUAAGUCUAUGUUGUCUAAAAAUGGAAAACUACCAAGAAGCAAAACACUCUGUGCUUGUGGCUCUCAGACUGCGACCUGAUGAUGAAAAAGCCCAUUUCAGGGCGGGAAAAGUUUUUUUUGCCCUCGGAGAGUACCGCGCGGCUAUCGAUUCAUUUCAGGAAUGUUUAGAAAUAAAUCCAAAUAACAAAGCUGCUCUUGUUGAGAUUAAACUUUCUUCAAAUGCGGUUAAAGAACACAUAAAGCAAGAGAGGAAAAUUUAUGGUCAAAUGUUUGAUAGAUUUGCUGAAGAAGAUUCACAGAGGGAAAAGAGUGAGAUGAGGAAAAUCUUCAACGUUAUGUCCUCAGUUGGUGAAUGGGGUGCAGAAGAUAGGGAAAGGGAGCCCAGUGAAUUUGAAAAAGAGAAUCCUGAUAUUUUGCUUCUCAAUAAAACUGGAGAGUUCAAAGAUAUGUAAAUUUAAAAAUCUUAUUUUAAGAAAUUGAUGUACCUAAUGAUCAUUAGGAAAAUAAAUUUGUUAAAAUAUA